AUGGCUGCGCCGCUGGUUACAAAUCCAAGCACUCCCAAUAGCUCAGGCUCAGGCUCAGGCUCGUGCAAAGUUGUGCUCGCCAACUCCAUCGCCAAGAGCCUGCUGACAGAGGUCACCGCUGAUAUCAAGUCGUUGGCACGAUCACCUCGUCUACAUGGCUUCUUAGCGAACAAGGAUCCUGCUGCUCGUAUGUAUGCAGAUUGGACGGCCAAAACAUGCAAAGAGAAUGGUGUCGACUUUAUCUUCCGCGAGGUUGAGCGUGAAGAUCUUGAAAACGAAAUCCGUCAAGCCAACACUGACCCCGAAGUCGACGGGAUCAUCGUUUACUAUCCUGUCUUCGACUCUCGACGAGAUCAGACCCUCCAGUGGACUGUCAGCAUGUACAAGGACGUCGAGGGUCUCUCUCCACAGCUCAUUAGCAACAUGUAUCAGAACAUUCGAUUCCUAGACCCCCCUCACAACCUCAGGAAAUCCAUCUUGCCUUGCACUCCGCUUGCGGUCGUCAAGAUUUUAGAGCACCUGCAGAUCUACAACAACUUCCUCGACUACGGCAAACGUCUUUUCGGAAGGCGGAUUACAGUCAUCAACCGAAGCGAGGUUGUUGGGCGCCCACUGGCCGCUCUACUGGCCAACGAUGGCGCAGAAGUCUACAGCGUGGAUGUCACUGGCGUGCAGAUGUUUAGCAGAGGUACCGGGUUGAAAAAGGUUAAGCAUGAGUCCCGCGACCUCGAAGGCUGGACGCUCGAGCAAUGCUUGCCAAUCAGCGAGGUGGUCAUCAGCGGUGUUCCCGGAGACUCGUUCAAAGUACCGACACGUCUUGUUCGCGAAGGCGCGGUCUGCGUCAAUUUUUCAAGUCAAAAGAACUUCAGCCCGGAUAUCAAGGACAAAGCGGCAAUAUACGUCCCAUCCAUUGGCAAGUGCACGAUUGCUUGCCUACUUCGAAACAUGGUCCAGCUUUCCCAAGGUCUGCCAAAGAUCAAUGGAUCGCUCUGA